CGCGAGGAAGUCUGGAUUUCUGACCGUAUUACAUAACGAAGAUUUUGUACACAAAGAUCUUGUGAUUUCUCGGGGAUGAGAUAAGCAAAAAACUUACCAGAACUGCGGACAAAUUUGCGGAUUUCGGAACCUACUUCAGGACAGCUCUAGGGCUGUUAAGCUGAGCGCGAUGGACAGCGCCGGAAUGCUCACCAAAAUAGCUGGCAAUCUCGUCAAGAGUGCUUCCAGUGGCGAGAUGGUAGCCGUUGGCUCCUUUUGGAAGACACAGACCUGCGUCAUCCAUUUCAUGCGUCGUUUUGGAUGACCUUUGUGCAGGCUGGGCGCCAGAGAGUUAAGCACUCUUAAGCCCCAGCUGGAUGCACAUAAUAUUCGUCUUAUUGGUAUUGGACUCGAAGAGUUUGGUCUGCAAGAAUUUGUCGAAGGGAAGUUUUGGGACGGGGAAUUGUACGUUGAUCUUAAGAAGCAAACUUAUGCUGCUAUCGGUUAUAAACGUUUUUCAUAUUGGAACAUCUUGGCUGCCGUCUUCAGCAAGAAAGCAAGAGAAGCCUUGAACAAGUCUAAAGCUCAAGGUAUCACAGGCAACAUGAAGGGAGAUGGUUUAGGAACGGGCGGAGUACUCAUCGUCAGUGAAGGUGGUAAACAGGUGCUUCUAGACUUCAAGCAAUCCUCCCCAGGUGAUCACGUCCAGCUGGUCGACGUCCUCAAGGCUCUCGGCAUCGACGAACCCGUCCCAAGUCUGGAGUCUCCGAAAAAAGCAGAGGAGAACAAGAGUGAUGCAGCGGAAGGAGGCAAACUAUAAGAUGAUGUCAUUGAUCCAUUAAGCCCUGCCCCUUGAUUGUUUUGGACCAAUCACAGCUGUGUAUGACGAUGUGGGCGUAGACUAAUGGAUCUGUCUAUAGAGCCUGAAAGUGUAACAUCACGCGACAAACUUCUGGAACCCUCACUCGGCCCACCCAUGGGCAUACACUCGGUUUCCCUUUCUCUAGCUAUAAUUUUUGGCAGCAUGAUUUCUUAUUGUAACCACCCCAAGAAACAUUCAUGUUGGAAUAUAAUCUCGGAAUUCUUAGGAAAAAAAUGAUGAGAAAUCACUUCGAGAUUGAGAAAAAAGGAAUUUUGUUUACGACCUUUCACAUCUGGCAUUUUUGUUGCUAGGUCUCCUUGUUCGUUCACGUUUGUUGUUACAUUGCGUAUUCGUGUGAGUACGAAAAUGUAUUGUAUAACGACGCGAAGAUUUACCUACCUUCAGCCGAUGGGUUCUAGAUUUAGUCAGGUUGGCUUGAAUGCAGACCUUAUCAGCGUUCACUUAAGAUUUUAUUCGUCAAUGAUCGAGGUCCCAUAAGUUUAUUUAAAAUAAAUUGUAAACCCUAAAAGACGUAUUGGUCUUACAUUUAACUUUCCAUUUUCACUUAAUGACCGCCACAAAAUUAUUUCAUAAUUUUCAUCUAUGCACGAGUACACCAAGUUUAGCCCGCUUGCAUUUUUAGAUUUUGGAAAGUGAGAGGUCAAUUUUUGGAUUAAUACUUCUCUUUCACGUCUGUGAUUUACCAAUUUCCACAAAUUGAAAUGCUGGAACAAUUUUACUAUGUCCUUUUUGAGGGGUGAUUUUCUUAAAAAAUCAAUGAACCAAAAAGAAUUGCAAAUUCUGGAACAUUUGCAAAUUAAUUUUCCUGUUCAAGGGUUCCGGAAGCGCGUCAUCAGGGUGAACUUUCAGGCUUUAUUGACAUUUGAGGUUUGAAGUCAACAGCGUUGUAAUCAUUCCACCAAAAGUAAAAUUCAAGUAAUUAUUUAAAUGUGCAAAUAUUUAUUUGUUCUUAGUUUGAAUCGUUUGACUGAAGUGUGGUUCCAUAAAUUCCUUUGCAAGCAGAUAAAUAAAACCUGAUUUUUUAGUGAAAAUUUCUUUUUGAAAUCAUAGGUUAGAAAAUGUUGCCUUGAUAUUAUGAAUUCCUUAAAAAUAUUUUCUAAAACUUUUUCUUUUAAAUUUUCGAGAAGAACACUUGCGUCUGGAAUUCAGAUGUUAUUUUUAAAUCCAACAUUUCUGUCCAAUAAACUAUUUGUUUACCUAACCACCGCAAAAAUAUUACCAAAGGUAGAUUUUCAAAAGCACUUAGUUGAUUGCAGCUGAUUUUCUUUGAUUGCAGCUGAUUUUGCAAUAUUUUUGUGAUUUUUUUUGUAGAGUAUUCCAAGCUGAUGAAUGGGCCUGAAUUCUGCGGCAAAUUGUCCUAUGACGUCGCAAGGCAAAACUCGUCUUUAAGAGUGUCUUGCGACUGAACCUCUUUGCAUUUUUGCCGUCUAAUUCAGAAUUUUCAUCAGCUUAGGAAUUCCAAUAGAUAUCUUUGUGGACGGAUUAACCGUCAUCGUGUGUUCAUCAAAUUGAUUAAACUGAUCAAAUGUGUGUAAAGUU